GGACAAUAUUUGAAAUACUCAAAUAGGCUAUUUUCAAUCUAGUUGAAGCAUUGAUGCUAGUUCUUUUUAGCAAAACUAAUAUACACUAGGACAAGUUAUUCAAGUAAAUUAAUUGACACACAAUAAUAACACCUGCUUGAAAAGAAUAUUAUGCGUAAUACUUACCGUUACAAGAGCUAGUUUACAUAGCUAAUUAUACAUGGAUGCCAAAUUUAAAAUUGCUUCUGGAGCCCAAAGUAUUAUUACUCAAAAGAUUUUUAACUCCCGAAUAACAACACCAAGACCUGAAUCUUAUCACAUACGACUAUAGGAGGAGUAUACAGCAUUGGUCCUGUUGACAAUUCUAAUGGAGCCCACUCAAAAAAAUUCGGCAAGUCUUGCACAAUGAAUCAGUGGAGCAGCUAAGCUAGCAAUAGUUCAGGAUAAACCAAAAAAAAAAUGAAGGAAAUCAAGGAUUUAAUUGCAGCCACAAGCAUUCAAGCUGAAAAAACCACCUCCGGUCUACUUAUCCUAAACCUACCAAAACAAAAAAAAUUUAAAACAGCUAAAAAAAUUCUAUAGGCCACAGAGAGCCAUUUUGUAGAAGAAAAUAAGGACAAACUUGUACCAAGCUUAGAGUGUAGUUUUCCGAGAGUUGAAAACCAAAACAAUUCAUUGCAUCAAAUCGUCCAUCACCAGCAGAUAUAGACACUUAAUCAUAUGUAAUUCACCCUUCAUCAAAAUUUACUGAUAGGAAUCUCUAAAGUAAAUGAGCCAUUCUGGGUUAAAUUUUCCAACCAAAACUACAGAAAGACUACAAUACACUUCAGAGAGUAGUUAAAGUAACAAAAUAGACUUAUCAGCCAUAAUAGCAAGUAAAACUCGUUGUUCAAACCUUUAUCUAAGACACGCAAACUAACAGCAGAGUUGUUCAAAAAUUAGUGAUUUCCAUCACUCAAGAUAUUUUACUGUCCGAUAAACAAAAUUUCAAAGUCUAUGGCAUAAUGGAUGGCACACAUGGAAAAGGGUUUAAAGAUUGUGAAAAAUUAUAAAUACAUGCAUCGCAAAAAAAUGAAGGAAAAUUGACUCAGACAACCAUAACUGGCAGUCUGGCACCUAUUUUCGUUUUAAGAUAAGAAUUGCUAACGUGUAACCAAGGACACCAAAAGUGACUUUGAAAAGGGUGAGCUGACUAGUUCUGAUCUUUUGCACUUUUUCUCUUUUAAACUAGAGCCCACCAAAAUUGUCUUGUUCGUAACCAUAAACCUAAAUUUCCUUUUAUAAAUGAAGGCACGACACCUUCAUUAGUCCUGCAUCUCUUUUCCGCCUUCUUCAUCUCAAAACAUCAAACAGAAACAUGACUUUAACAUUACGUUUUUCAACUUCCUUAAUCCAUUUAAACGACGCCAACAGCCUCAAAAGUUCAGAUGAAUUCAAGGGCACAAUUGUCUGCUCCCAGAUCAAACCAUCCUGCCAUCUAAGAACAAAGGCUUCAACGCCAGAACGGCUCUCUUAUGAGAGAGCCUUGACCAUGCAAGGGAGAACUGAGAAAAGGGAGAAGCUCCACAGUUUAUCAGGUGCUCGUGGUAGCAAUGACUCUAGGGUGCCCGUAUUUGUCAUGCUGCCACUUGACACAGUAACACUUGGUGGGCAUUUGAAUAGGCCACAGGCAAUGAAUGCUAGCUUGAUGGCCCUGAAGAGUGCAGGAGUCGAAGGAGUAAUGGUAGAUGCCUGGUGGGGUUUGGUGGAGAAAGAUGGACCUCUAGAGUAUAACUGGGAAGGGUAUGUCCAGCUUGUGAGAAUGGUGCAAAAACAUGGCUUGAAGCUCCAAGUCGUUAUGUCCUUUCAUCAGUGCGGAGGAAAUGUAGGAGACUCUUGCAGUAUUCCCCUACCUCCAUGGGUUCUCGAAGAGAUCAGCAUGAAUCCUGAUCUUGUCUACACAGACAGAUCAGGCCGGAGGAAUCCUGAGUAUAUAUCCCUGGGUUGUGACUCAUUACCAGUACUUAGAGGAAGAACACCCAUCCAGGUGUACAGUGAUUACAUGAGGAGCUUCCAUAACAGAUUCAGAGAUUAUUUAGGAGAAGUUAUCGAGGAAAUUCAAGUGGGGAUGGGUCCUUGUGGAGAGUUGAGAUACCCAUCUUAUCCAGAAAGCAACGGUACAUGGAAGUUUCCCGGAAUAGGAGAGUUUCAAUGCUAUGACAAGUACAUGAGAGCUUCCCUGGAAGCAUCAGCAGAGGCAAAGGGAAAGAAAGACUGGGGAAGAAGUGGACCCCAUGAUUCUGGCCAAUACAAACAAUUCCCAGAGGAGACUGGAUUUUUCCAGAGAGAUGGAACAUGGAACACUGAGUAUGGACAGUUCUUCCUAGAAUGGUACUCCAGGAAGCUACUAGAGCAUGGUGAUAGAAUCCUAGCUGCGGCUCAAGGGGUAUUUCAGGGAACAGGAGCAAAACUCUCCGGGAAAGUAGCAGGAAUUCACUGGCAUUACAGAACAAGAUCCCAUGCAGCAGAAUUAACUGCUGGGUACUAUAAUACAAGAUACAGAGAUGGUUACCUACAAAUUGCGCAGAUGUUUAGUAAACAUAGAAUCAUAUUCAACUUCACCUGCAUGGAAAUGAGAGAUGGAGAACAGCCUGAGAAUGCAAAUUGCUCACCAGAAGGGCUAGUUCAGCAAGUAAAAAAGGCAACAAAGGCUUCUGGAAUAGAACUUGCUGGGGAAAACGCACUGGAGAGGUAUGAUACAGGUGCUUUUAAACAAAUUUUGGCCACAAGUAUGUCAGACUCCGGCAACAGAUUGAGUGCAUUUACAUAUCUAAGAAUGAAUAAAAAGCUGUUUGAAGCAAACAAUUGGCGGCACUUAGUGGAAUUUGUUAGAAGUAUGUCAGAAGGUGGUCGUAAUCAAAGGCUGGCAGAGGAUGACACAAACAGAACUAACCUGUACAUUGGCUUUAUCAAAGACAAGAACAUGAAGAUCAGCAAGGAAGCUGCUCUGGUGUAGAUUAGUAGAUGCAUGUACAUGAAAAAGAGUGUAUUAUUUAGUGUAUUAUAGACUAGAGCGAACAGGUUAUACAGAACGUAUAUAUAUACAACAAAAUAUUCAACAAGCUAUCAUAGAUUGAGAGGACCGAAAUAACAGAGACUCAUAUUACUGUCUCCAUGCCAUCUAUUACAU